UCGAUCCCUCUUAGCAGCACAGCCUGGGGGGCGGGCCAGGUAGGGUCUGGAGUCGCUAGGGCUCCAACGCACUGAAACUACAGCUCCCAACAGCCUUUGGACGUUCCAGCCGUAGCCUUCAGCAUCCCGGGGAUCCCUUAGAGUCUUAGGUUCCUCUUUAAGGGGCCCCAAGGGAUUAUUUCCUCUAAAGGUGUCCAAGGAGAGCUUGAGAUCUGAAUUUUUAAAUUUUGAAAUGGCCCCCAAACACGCCUGGGCGUUGUCUUUGAACUUUCUCUCGGAGGCGGAGCCCAGUGGAUCCUGGGGCUUGUAGUCCAUCUACCCUUCGCCUUCGUGUCCCCAGGAAUUUAUGGGAAAUGCUCGGUGACAGAGUCCAGCCGCGGUUCUUAACCUGAGCUCCACCUCACAGUCACCUGGGACGCUGCGGAAAAGACCCGGAGGCUGAGCCCCCACUAACAGAUAUUCUGAUUCUGUUGGUCUGGAAUGGGAACCGCGCGUCUGUAACGUAGAAAAGCCCCUCCUAGACUGCAUCCAGGGUUGGGAACCACCGGCUGCCAGUUCCUGAGUUGCUCCCUGUUAAGACUCCUCCAAGGGCCGUCUCCCAGGACUCACGCUUCCACUGUUGCUAUCCUGAACGUGCAGCGGUGCUUCAUGGGAAUAACAGUCCCUCUCCUCCAGGAAUCUAUGGGAAUUGUCUGGUUCUGCCCUCCUCUAGUGUUCCCCUCCCCAAGGCUGCAGCGAAACCACUUGCUGCCUGAACCCCACUUUCCUCUUGCAGCCUGCCAGUUUUCUCCAUUCAAGAGAAUCCCUUUGGAGGUGCGCCCUUGGGUAGAAGCCACUACUGGCCAUCCCGGAGUCAGACCUCGUGUCCCAAGGUAUAUAAACAGGUUCCGCCAGGCUCAGCCCACCAGCCGAGAGGAGCGCCAGCCUGCAGGUCCGACCACAGCUGCGGUGGUGCUGCGGCCUGACUCUCCAGACUCCAGCAGUCAAAAUGCAGCAGCAGGAGCCAACAAACCAGAAAGAAGACCCCAUACAGCUGUCCCUACUGCGGUCAAGGUGACCAGUGCAUCCCAGGCUGUGGCUCCCCUUCAGGAAAUAAAGCAGAACCUCAACACAUGGAACUCAUCCCUGCUGGACCUGGAGACGCUGAGCCUACAGAGCAAAGCUGCCAGGCUGCUCAAACGCAGCAAAGCCUCCAUCUCCUCCUCCUCCUCCCUCAGCCCCAGAGAUGCCAGCAUUUCCUCAUUCCCCACCAGCUCCUACGAACUCUCUCCCUUCUCAGAGACCUUCAUCCCUGACUCAAGCAAGGGCCCUGGCCCCAGGGCACCUGCAUCCCCAGCACCAGCCCAGGCACAGACCCCCACCCCUGCUCCAGCCCCAGCCUCCUCCCGAGCACCCCUUCGGCCAGAGGAUGACAUUCUGUACCAGUGGCGGCAGCGGCGGAAGCUUGAACAGGCUCGGGGAAGCAAGGGUGGUGGAGCCUGGGUGCUGCCUGGGACCCCUGCCCUCCAGACUCUGACCUGUCCUGCUCCAGCGGAGACCCUUGGUUCUCUGGGAAACCAGCCUAACCACAUCCCACCGUGGAGCAGUGUGGUGCAGCCUGGUCCACCUGAGGUCUUCUAUGUGGAGAGGCCUCCCUUUCCCUCUGUGUCCUCUCCACAUAUCUUUUGGGCCCCUAGCCCCCAUGGGUUCUGGGCCCCACAAUCUGGGCCUUGGGUAUCCCUCGGGGCUGUUCCUCCCAUGCAUCUGGCCUCCACCCUAGUGCCUCUGGCCUCCACCCUCCAAUCCCCAGCCUCCACCCCGGCUCCUCUGGUCUCUACCCCAGCACCUCCAACCUCCACCCUCACACCCCCAGCCGUCCCCCAAGGCUUUCCCAUCCCUGAGCCAAGCAGCUCCGCCCAACCUAAAAGCCUGGGGCCCAAGUCUAGGAGGAGCAGAGCCCUUCCCCAGGAGGCUGCCAAGCCGGUCACUGAAGCUGGCCAGGGGCCUGGCCCUCAGCUCAGGGGUGUCCUGGGCCAGGUAGUGGCAGCUCGGCUGUUCCCUGACAGCCUGGAGGACCCGCCUCCUCACCUCAAGGCCCCACUUCCACCCGAGGCUGGAUCUCCGAAAGUCAAGACCACACAACCCCAAACCAAGGUCACUCCCCCUCCAUCAGAAUCCCAGCGUCGGGCUGAGGCCAUGCCACCCGCAGCAGGGUCAGUGACCUGGAAGGCCGAAGCCACUCCUUCCCUUGGAGCAUGCCCACAGGCCGAGGUCCCACCCACUGCAGCAGAGCUGACAUCCACAGUCAAGGCCACGCUGCCAGCCUUCCAGGCUGGGUCUCCGGAGGCCCUGGCCCAGCCCCCGCCUGCUGCUCACCAUCCCCCCUCGGAGGCCCUGCUCGCCCAGGCAGCCCGGCUGCUGGAGGCUGCAGAAGACUCUGAUGGCAGCGAGUUCCAGGACGAUCCUGUGCUCCAGGUGCUAAGAGCACAGAGGGCAGAGCUGAGCCGGCAGAAAAGGGAAGCAGACGCCCUAUUAUCGUUCCUGUUGGACCAGGCCAAAGACCCGGGAUCUUGGUGCCCUCCAGCCAGGUCACCCCCCAGAUCCCCAGGGAGGCUGCUGCAAAGGGAAGGAGCUUCCCUGGAUGCCAGACGACUUUGAAUUGUACAGAUUCUAGAUUCUAUUUUACCCAGUGAGGUCUUUUUUUGUUGUUGUUGUUACUGAUUAUCUGUGAGAAAGGGUUUGUUUUGGAAAGGCCAAGGGGUCGUACCAAUUUAAGGAAAUGCCCCCUGCCCUCUGCUGCCCUGUGGCUCUGUCCUCCCCCAUCCCUACUCUCUUUCUUGACCACGGAAACAAGAUCUCCCUUCUGGUUUUAUCCUCCUUGGGGGAGAGGUUUCAGGCAAGACUUCGGGCAAGACUGGGACUCACCUUAUCUGACUUCACUUAGGAUUCCUGGCUCAAAUGGGACCAAAGGACUGUCCUCUGGCGAAGAAGCUACUAGGGUCAUCGGAGUGUUGGAUGAUGGUCAGUCCGCAGCCCACACCAGCUUGAGCAGCAGUAGUAUCUACUGCAGCUCACCCCUCCCUCCUUGAAGCACUUUCUCUCUUACUUCCAGAACUU